UACAGUGGAAAAAGCAGAUACUGUCAAAAUGUGGGAGGUCAUGUUUGAAGUUUCCAACAAUAAACAGCCUACUGAUUAACCUUUCACAUGUUUGGAUGUGUAUAUUCAGCAGGAUUUUCAUAAAGGUCUGCUUGGGGUGGCAUUCGCCUGCAUGGCGAUGCUGUUGGAGGGCUUGGCUGUGACAAAUGCGGCCAAAAUUCAUGCGACUGGAAGACAAUGCAGCAACACAAGCCUGAAAGACCUGGUAAACCUCGCAAGACAUCUGAUGGAAAAAAGCUUGGAACUCUUCGAUGAAUUCAACGGGAACUUCACGAACAAUUCCUCACUGUUUCCGGAGCUGCAGAUCCACAAUAGCUCUACUCUCAAUGAGACAAAGGUUCUGUGUAGCCUUGCCUUCAUGGUUGAAGCCCUGAAGGCAAACAUGAAGGUUCAGAUAGAGCUGGACUCCAACGCAACUUUGUUGUCAAAGCUUAAUGAAACAAUCACACAUGUCACAAACCUUAACUUUAAGGCGUCAGAAUGUUUCAAUGCCAAAUGCCCAGAGGUACCCAAGUUACCCAAGAUGCCUGAGUACACGUUUGGGAAGAAACAGUGGGGCCACAGUCUGUUGAAGUCAGCUGAGGAUUAUCUAAAGUGGCUGCACAAAAUCCUACCUUCAAAGACCAAAGAGGUUAAGAAGAAAAAAGUAUAUUUUAAAAUCAUUGCACAACGUCAGUACUUAAGGGGAGCAAUGCAUCAUUUGUGAUCUCAUCUGAAAGUAAUUAGUUUCAAACGCUGAUCUGGUUACAGUUAAGGUGCCUUUAACUUAGGCACAUUUUCCACAUUAAUGACUCAUUUAUGUAACAAUUAUCUCUUUUUACUUUGUAAUAGAAUAAUGUAAAGUAGGUUAUAUAAAAAAAAUCUAUUUUUAAAGUUAACUGACAACUCUUAAACGGCAUGAUUUACACACAAAAAAAAAAAACCUAUUCAUUAAAAGGCCGAUAGGCAUACAAUGUCUCGCUAGUGCAGAAUUUAGAAGCAGUUAGUCUAAUUUAUCACACAAAUAGCUUCCAGUUAGCCUAGCAUUAUAGAAUAUUUAAUGAAAAGCAUACAUUUCCAAACCUAGAACUCAAAAUUUAAUAAAAUAAAUGGGGACACUUCAAAGUAAAAAGGGAGGGAUUACUUGCUAACAAGAAUAUUCACACAUUUUUAAAUAUUGCUGUUAAGCUAACUAGGUGCUAGCUUAGGCUUCUACUGUAGCUGAUGACCGUUUCAAUAAGUGGACCCAUUUACUAAAACAUUUCUACAGAAAAGCUAUAUCAGAAAAGGCUUUGUUUUAAUACAUUUAAUAACCCCCCAGCAAUUGACACAUCCCUGUGUGACUGUAAUUAAUCAACUUGCCAAGGGAACAGAUGAGAAGGGGUUGCAAUGCAUUUCCUAAUUACAGAAGGGUGUUUUCUUAGCCUUCACAGUGAUUAAUUGUUUUGCUCUGGUCACCCAUCCCUUGUGAGAAGGCCACACCGCCUGAGAGAGAAAGUUCAUUUGAAAGAAUCACCUUCGGAGAGUUGUUGUUUUAGACUUUAAUCAACAGACCUCGCAGAUACAUAAGCAGCCAGAUGGAUGUCACAAAAGUUGUCUGUUGGGCUUGGAUAAAAAAAUAUAAAAAUAAAACAUGAUUAAUGCUAGUCUCAUCCUGGUCACAUUAGGUAAUGAAUUCAUUUUUUUUCCCUAUUUAUUGUUAUGCAUGACUGUCAAAUUGAUGUACAAAAAAAUGUGUUGAAGUUCUUCAGGCUCAAAUUUGUUUUAUCUAUCAAUGUUAUCCCAUAUCCAUAAAACGUGUUUUUGUUCUAACAAUAAAACUGUUAUUUCAAGACUUCUUGACUUGCAUGAUUCUUUUCCAUGGCAUCUUCACACCUCGAAUCAACGUUGAAGGACACCGUCUACUCUGAUGUCAGCAAUCCUCACAAAACAAACCAAAACGACAAGUUUUUUUUUUAAAUGUUUUGUCACUUUUUAUUAAAUAACAAUUAUAUAUGCAUGCGAUACACAAAAGCACCAACACAUUCUUUGCUGUUUCAGUUUUCUCCACAAAGCAAACAGAUAAAAAAAAAAAAAAAA